AUGUCUCCAUACAUCGAAUCCUCUACGACAACCAUGCAUCGAAUUUCCAUCCCAGAGGCUCCAAUCACAGAAAAUUACAAGGCGCAUGCACCACCGGCUGGGUGUCAGCUGGAGAACUCUGGCGUGGUCCGGGUCACGUACGCUCCCACAUCUGACGCACCACAGGGUACGGUAAAGGAUGGUUGGGCAGAGAAACACCAGCAUCAGACCGUGCUGGAGCAACAUUGUUCCUUCUUCGAUCCUGAUGGCGACGGAAUCAUUUGGCCCAUCGAUACCUUCCGCACCUGUCGCUCGUUUGAAUGGUCCAUCCUCACCUCUCUGUUCUUCACCGGCUUCCUCCAUUCUGUGCAAUCGUAUAACACAGUUCCUGGUUGGCUUCCUGAUCCCUUUUUCAGACUAUGGGUGAAAAAUGCCUACAUGAACAAGCACGGCAGUGGGACAGGAACCUUUGAUUCGGAGGGCCGCUAUAGACCACAGCCAUUGGAAGAUUUCUUCUCAAAAUUUGACCGAGAUGGGAAGGGUGGUUUGACCAAGUGGGAGUUGUGGCACGGAUUGAGAAGAUCCAGGAUGGCAUUUGACUUCUUUGGCCAAGUUUCUGCCAUGUUCGAAUGGGGAUUUGCCUGGGUCUUGAUCUGGCCCGAAGACGGCGUCAUGAGAAAGGAAGAUGUAAGGAGACUGUUAGAUGGAAGUCUGUAUCAUGAAAAGGUCAUGGCAUCGAAGACUUGUCUCAAAUCACCGUCAGCUGGAUCUGUGCAGAACGUGUCGUUAAAGAUACAGUGA